GCUACCAUUGUUUCCAGUUUCUCCCCCAUAUCAGAACGGCCGGCUCCCAUCAUGGCUAGAGCCGCGGUUCUUGUGUGGCUCUUGUCGAUGAUGUUAGUCUCCAUCGACAUUGCACAAGGCUACGGUAUUAACUGGGGUUCAAUGAUGACACACCCUUUGCCUCCCAAAAAAGUUGUUGCAAUGCUUAAGGAAAAUGGCUUCAAGAAAGUGAAGCUUUUCGAUGCAGAGCCAUCGAUGAUGGACGCGUUGGCCGGUUCAGGCCUAGAGGUUAUGGUCGGAAUCCCCAAUGAUAAGUUGUCAGAACUUGCUAGUGAUUAUGGAAGUGCCAAAGCCUGGGUGAAGCACAAUGUGACCAGCUAUUUGUAUGACGGGGGCGUCGCUAUCAAAUAUGUGGCUGUUGGAAACGAGCCAUUCUUGUCAAGUUACAAUGGGAGUUAUGUUAAGACUACUUAUCCGGCUAUGAAAAACAUUCAGAAGGCCUUGUAUGAUAGUAGCCAGGAAGUUGGAUCGAAAAUCAAAGUCACCACUCCCUUCAAUGCGGAUGUGUAUCAUUCGAAAUCAGACAAGCCAACGGAUGGUGAAUUCCGACAGAACAUUAGGGAUAGUAUGGUGCAGAUUCUAGGACUCCUGAAGCAAGCCAAGUCUCCAUUUCUUGUCAACAUAUACCCCUUCCUUAGUUUGUCCCAAAACACUGAUUUUCCUAGGGAAUUUGCUUUCUUUGAUGGUGGUGGAAAGGGGGUUGAUGAUGGCAACAUCCACUACGACAAUGUGUUUGAUGCAAAUCUGGAUACAGCUCACUAUGCAUUGAAAAAGGAAGGUUAUUCGGACUUGGAGAUUAUAAUCGGAGAAGUCGGAUGGCCUACAGAUGGUGGCAGGGAUGCCAACGUCAAAUUGGCACAGAAGUUUUAUGACGGCCUCUUCAAGAAGCUAGCAAAAGGGCAAGGAAGCCCUCUUCGAAAAGGAAGCGUAGAAGUGUACCUCUUCGGUCUUUUUGAUGAGAACUCCAAAAGUAUUGCCCCCGGGGACUUUGAGCGUCAUUGGGGCAUCUUUCGUUACGACGGACAGCCUAAGUUUCCGAUGGACAUCAGCGGAAAGGGGCAAAACCAAAUGCUCAAGCCAGUGAAAGGGGUGGAAAUGCUGGACAAACAAUGGUGUGUACUAAACAGUGAUGUGAGAAACUUGAGUAAGGCAAUGAAAGAAAAGGACUAUGCUUGCAGUAAUGCGGAUUGCACAAGCAUUAAAAAUAGUAGCUCAUGCAGUUUUCUUGAACCCAGUGACCAAGUCUCUUACGCUUUCAACUCAUUCUACCAAUCGAGGAACCAAAGCGUGGAGGCGUGUAAUUUUAAUGGGAUGGGAACAAAGGUAACACAAGAUCCUUCAAAAGGAGAUUGUUUAUUUCCGUUACAGAUAGAAAGUAGUGCUACAGAUUUGGUUGCAUUGAGUCUUUCUACAGGACUCUUGUUGCUCAUGAGCUUCUUCAUAUUAAUGUAA